AUGGCUGUCACUAAAGUCCCUGAUUUCGACGCCCCCAGCUCCAAGGUGCUGUCUCCUGCUGCCUUGGUCCAUGUCGUUUUGAGAACAGCGAAUGUCCAUCCUAUGCAGGAUUUCUACCUCAAGUUCUUCGGUGGCAGAGUGUCGUAUGGCAAUGACCAAGUCUCUUUCAUGACCUACGAUGAGGAGCAUCACCGAAUCGCGCUUGUUGGGAUCCCAGACACGGCGCCCAAGAACUACCGUACAUGCGGCCUGGAGCACAUUGCCUUCAGUUACAAGACCUUGAAUGAUCUCAUGUUGUCGUACCGCCAGCGCAAGCAACAAGGCAUCAAGCCCAUCUGGUGCGUCAACCACGGCCCCACGACCAGCUUAUACUACCGAGACCCUGAUGGAAAUCUCCUGGAAACCCAGGUCGACAAUUUCGACAAUGCAGAAGACGCUUCGGCUUUCAUGUUGAGUCCUUGGUUCGCGGAGAACCCGGUCGGCACUGAAUUUGAUGCUGAGGAAUUGAUCAAACAAAUUCGAAGUGGCGUGGACGAGAAAACUCUGAAGAAGCGCAAGGAAAUCGGACCUCGGGGUCUGCCUGAUUUGACUACCCUGGCUCCCAUUGAGUGA